UUUGCAGUUUGGGCGUGCUCCUGUUCCAGACACAAAAUGGCGGACCAACAGUUUUGCCUGCGAUGGAACAACUUCCAGAACAACAUCAUCUCGUCGUUCGAGUACCUCCGAUCGGAGGAGGACUUCGUGGACGUGACGCUGGCCUGCGAGGGCAGGAGCCUGAAGGCGCACAAGGUCAUUCUUUCGGCCUGCAGUCAGUACUUCCGUGACCUUCUCAAGACCACGCCGUGCUCGCAUCCGAUCAUCGUGCUGAAGGACGUCUCGUUCGACGACCUGUUGUCCCUCAUGUGCUUCGUCUACCAAGGCGUCGUGUACAUCGGCCAGGAGCGUCUGACGCAGUUCCUCAAGACGGCCGAGUUUCUGCAGAUCAAGGGCCUCUCGGAGCACUGCAUCGGAGAGCCGUUCGCCCGCCAGCAGCCGGCCACGCAGUCGUCGCCCAGCCAGUCGGAGGAGGCGCUCAGCCUCGUCACCGAGACGUCCAUCCUGCGCCAGCGGAUCGAGGGCCGCUCGGCCGACCUCGAGCCGGUCAAGGUCGAGACGAACGGGCCUGGCAGUCCGGCCGGCGAGCACGCCAAGCUCUCGCCCGGCCCGCUCCUCAUGGACCCGAAUGCUAUCAGCAUGGUGGGCCGCGAGUCGAUCGGGUUCCCGUUCCUGUCGCAGCCCGGCACGAGCUCCCUGCUGGCCACCGCCACGGCGCUGCCGCCGGCCGGCCCGGACGAUCAGCAGAUGUCGUACGAUGCCCAAAUGCUGUUGCGCGCCGGUUCGCCACGGUACCGGCAGCGCUGGCGCUGCAUGCAGCCCUCGGUCUGUCCCCACUGUCUGCGCACCUUCUCCAACGCCUUCAACCUCAAACAGCACAUCAUCAACGUGCACACGUUCGGCAACGAGCUCAAGUGCGACGUGUGCGGCAAAGUGCAGAAGAACAAGUGGUACCUGAGGAAGCACAUGGUGAAGUCGCAUAACGCGCCGCUGCGUCGCGUCAAGCUGCCCGACGGCAGCAUGGUGAACACGGAAUGACUGGGGCCGCCGCUGGCCAUGGGCUGACUUGGCUGACCGAGCGCGUUCCAUCAUGACGGCGAUCCUUCCCGCCCCGCCUGGACCCGUAGGAUGUUGCGACGGAUUGGCGCGCGCUGCGCGGCGGCGCGGCGCGACUCUGUUGUUCGUCUGGCAUGGAUGUUCGAAGAGCUAGAGCUUAGCUAGUUUGUGACCCUUCUUCAGUAUCUUCGGCAUGUUCUGCUAUCGGCAUCCAUACCCGCUCAUAGUUCUACGUUCAGUUAGCUUAACCAAUAGCGCGUGCGUAAAUGGAAAGUUUCGUCACAACAGCUCUGCCGGCGUUUAAAUAGUACUAAAUUUUUGGUAACGUAACAGUGGAAAAAGGCCUUAAGCAUUCCGAAAAUUUCGUAACUUUCAACGUGAGAAAAGCUCUUCAGCUCUCUGAAAUUUCUCUAGCGUACCGGCUAAGGCGAGGGCUCUCAGCGUCUCGCCGUCGGGCUAGCCGGCUCGCGCCUGCAGCGGCCGUUGCGUUAUCCCGUCGGACGCUGCGCUGGCUCGGCACGCUCGGGAGCGUUACCAGCCGGCUCCCUGCUAUUUCAGCGGCCGGCGCGGAAGAGAGGCGCAGUCGCCAGUGGAGCUCGCGCCAGCCGCGCGUCUGUCCAAUAUGUAACGGGCUCUUUUCCAACAAGUUCAA